AUGCGAAAACGUACCCGGGUGCGGACUGCGGAAGCGGAUCAUCAACUGCUCGUGGCCACGUUGCGAAUUAAUUUAAAGAAAAUGCGCAAGCCAGAAGUCACACCAAAUCUGAUGAGAGUGGACGUGGAUGGCUUCAGACGAGAUAUAGAACACGAGUUAGAAAAAGUGUCACAACGCGGUGACAAGCGUAGCAACUCCUUAUGGGAAGCACUCAAGGAAGCAAUGACGCAUACAGCCAAACAGAACAUGCUUCCUCGAGUAAGCAGGAAGAACUUCAUCACGCCAGGGACGGAUGAUGUCAUCCUCAAGAGACGGGAACUAAAAAGGAAGGGACUAAGCUCAGAGAACGAGCAUGAGCAAUACUCACGGUUGAACCGUGAAGUGCAGAGACGAUGCCGAAGUGACAAAAACGCAUAUAUUAACGACAUAUGCGCCGAACUGGAACGUCACUCAGUUAAAGGCGAAAUCAAGUCUCUCUUCUGCAAAGUUAGAGAACUAACGAGGCAACGAAGUCCCAGGACCUGGGUCAUUGAGGAUGACAGCGGACGAGCAAUCAGCGAGGUGGAGGAGAUCCUGGAGCGGUGGAGACUGAUGUGA